CCUGGGGUUGCGCAUUGGGUUGAUGGCAUUGCUUGAACGACCCGACAGCUUGGCCGUCAAUAACUCUGGAAGCUCACAUGCACCAAGUUUCGUUUCCGGUCUCCCAAAUGCAGCUUUUCAUCUUCUGUGCGCUUUACACUUUGCCAAAAUGCAGCUCUGGGUGCUACGCCCCGUUUCGAGGUCUCAUUGAUGUUAGGCCACACCGCUCGCCGCACAAUCGAUGACGAACGUGCCCUUGAUGACCUGACCAGGGCUUGCAUCGCACGGCCGUGUUGGCUGCCGGAUCAGGACGCAGCACUCGGUUCAUGACAUCUUCAAAUGCUCCUUUCUCGGUGUGUGGAAGCCGGGGAAAGAGGGGCUGGGGGCUGACUACCCCACAAAGUUGGCUGAAUGCGGUAGCUCCCUGCGAUGGACAGGGACAGAGCAAUUGAGCAGCACAUGCAGGAGCCGAGCCCCGGGCCUUGCGCCGCUUGACGAGCGAAGCUCCCAUUGCGCAAUAAUAACCGCAACUCCCAACGUCCGCUGCCACCGCUCCGCUUUCCUUCCUCCCACAGCAAUUCCUGCUGCCCUGCGCUAGCACCUGCCUGACUUACACACUCGCGAGUUCCUUUCCACAAGCUCCGCGAACUGUGCGACCUCGAAGCGAAAGUCGCGGGCCCUGAUCGGAAAGCUCCUCCUCCUCCAGAGCCCCUUCCUGCCUCGCUAUCCGCGCUCUGACUGGGCCUAGAGCCGAGCCGUCACCAUGUUUAGUGUCCUUCCACCUCCCCCUCGAUACCCUACCCAGGCUGCCUACAACGCAGCCAUGGCAGCGGGAGGGCACAUCGCGCCCAUGAUCGAGACAAACAAUAUCCUGUCGAACCCCUCGGGGCCCGAGUUCCAGUUUCUCGUCGGAGAGGGUCUAUACGUCCUCAAGGAGGACCUGCACUUGGCAACGCCCCCGCCCCAUCCAUCCGAGGCACCUCCCGUGAACCUCAACCCCCUGGCCACCACUCCCCAGCCCGCCACCUCCGGCAGCAAGGUGUCGCUUCUCAAUCUUGAUGAUCGCUCUACACCGCCGGCGUUGAACAAGAUGCUGGCCGCCAUGUCCGUGACGAGCCUUCAGGUGGGUGGCGCCGGACAGACGGGCAUGCCAGACAAACCUCGUGAGAGCGAGUCCUCCACGGACGCGGGCAUGAGCACCGAGGACAGGGCAACUUCUAGCGAGCUGGCGUCUUCUGCGCCAGCUUUCGGCCAAGGGAACACGCUCCUCACACAAGUUCCCACCAAGGAUGCCAGUAAGAGGAAGAAGCCCAAGAAUAACAUUACUAAGAGCAACUCUUCUUUCAUCUCCCGGGUCAUAAUCCAUGAGAACCUCUCCAAGAGACUGGCGGAGCGCCCAGGCGACGGUAUGUUUGCUUUUGCGAACAUCAACCGUGCCUUUCAGUGGCUAGACCUAUCCUCACCGACCAAGGCCGACUACUUGACUAAGAUUCUGUUCACCAAAGCCCACUGUCUGUGCCACGACGUCAACAAGGUCACUCGGAGCACCACACAUAUCGACGUGGUCAUGGGCUUCUCUACUGGAGAGGUCAUCUGGUGGGAGCCGGUGUCCCAGAGAUAUACGAGGCUCAACAAGAAUGGGAUAAUCAACGGAACCCCUGUGUCGGAGAUCCGGUGGAUCCCUGGAUCGGAGAACCUGUUCAUGGCGGCUCACAUGGAUGGCUCGCUCGUGGUGUACGACAAGGAAAAGGAGGAUGCAAACUUUUCCCCAGAAGAGGAGGAGAAUGGCGCCUCCAAGGAGAAUGGCGAGCCAGACGCAACUGCUCCGUCCGGCACCAAGGCUCGGAUAAACUUCCGCCAGCAGAUCCAGGUUGUCAAAUCUGUCUCCUCCAAAAACCAGAAGUUCAAUCCAGUCUCUGUCUGGAAGCUCUCCAACCAGCGCGCGAACGCCUUCUCUUUCUCUCCUGACAAUAGGCACCUUGCCGUUGUCUCAGAGGACGGCUCCCUUCGCAUCAUCGACUACCUGAAGGAACAGCUACUCGAUCUGUUCCUUUCAUACUACGGUGGACUUAGCUGCGUAUGCUGGUCCCCUGACGGCAAGUACGUGCUCACGGGAGGGCAGGACGACCUCAUUUCGAUCUGGUGCCCCGCAGAGUCAGCCCUCAUAGCUCGAUGCCAGGGACAUCAGUCAUGGGUGACCUCGGUUGCCUUCGACCCCUGGAGGUGCGAUACCAAAAACUACCGAUUUGGCAGCGUUGGCGAAGACUGCCGGCUGUGCCUUUGGGACUUCAAUGUCGGAAUGCUCCAUAGACCCAAGGCUGCCGCUUCUAUCCAGAGAGGCGCGGCUGCCACGUCGCCACUGCAGCGUGCCGACACACAGAACACCACAUCGACCGCCUCUGAGCCGGCGGAAAAGGUGCUGCCCCAUCCAGUCGUGCCUCGGGCCAAGACAGCGAUGCUACCUCCAGUUUGCUCCAAGAGCAUCGACAAAGACCCGCUCUGCUGGCUUGAGUUUACCGAAGAGUCCAUUAUGACUAGCUGUAAGAACGGUCAUAUUCGAACUUGGAGUCGUCCGACGGAUGCAGCCCACGCAAGGACAGCCAGAGCUAGUGAGGUGCCUAGAGCUCAUGCAGGUCAUUGUAUGCAUCCUUAAUGUACUACUUAAUCGGCUCCCUCGUUCUUUCAGUACCGACUAUGAAAGCCAGCCACGUCGCAGGUGCACAGUAAUACCGCCGAGAGAAAUUAAAGAUACGAGUUACGGCUGCA